AUGAGCGGCCACGAUUCAAAAUACUUCUCCACAACUAAAAAAGGAGAAAUCCCGGAGCUCAAAGAGGAGUUGAAUUCUCAAUACAAGGAUAAGAGAAAAGAUGCUGUCAAAAAGGUGAUUGCUGCGAUGACGGUUGGGAAGGAUGUUUCAUCACUUUUUGCAGAUGUUGUAAAUUGUAUGCAAACAGAAAAUUUAGAGCUCAAAAAACUUGUUUACUUGUAUCUCAUCAACUAUGCUAAAAGCCAACCUGACUUGGCCAUACUUGCAGUGAACACUUUCGUGAAGGAUACACAGGAUCCAAAUCCUUUAAUUCGUGCAUUAGCUGUUCGCACAAUGGGAUGCAUCCGAGUUGAAAAAAUUACAGAAUAUCUUUGUGAUCCCCUCCAGAGAUGUCUUAAGGAUGGCGACCCUUAUGUUCGAAAAACAGCAGCUAUAUGUGUUGCUAAACUUUAUGACAUUAAUGCUGAAUUGGUUGAAGAAAGGGGUUUUUUGGAAAGUCUCACAAAUUUGAUAUCUGACAAUAACCCAAUGGUGGUAGCAAAUGCUGUUGCAGCUCUUGCUGAAAUCCAAGAUACCAGUAGUAAGAUCGUGUUUCAGGUCACUAGACCUAUACUUGCAAAGCUCCUUGCAGCUCUUAAUGAAUGCACUGAGUGGGGUCAAGUUUUCAUAUUAGAUGCUCUUUCAAAGUACAAAUCAGCGGAUGCACGUGAAGCUGAAAAUAUUGUGGAAAGAGUUACUCCAAGGCUACAACAUGCAAAUUGUGCUGUGGUUCUUUCAGCUGUUAAGAUGAUUCUUCAACAAAUGGAAGUGAUCACUAGUCCUGAUUUGACUCGAAAUCUAUGUAAGAAAAUGGCUCCUCCUCUUGUAACAUUACUUUCUGCAGAACCUGAGAUUCAAUAUGUUGCUCUGAGAAACAUUAACCUUAUUGUACAAAGAAGGCCCACAAUUCUUGCUCAUGAAAUCAAGGUGUUUUUUUGCAAGUACAAUGAUCCGAUAUAUGUGAAAAUGGAAAAGUUAGAGAUCAUGAUUAAGCUUGCUUCAGAAAGAAAUAUUGACCAAGUUUUGUUGGAGUUUAAAGAGUAUGCUACUGAAGUAGAUGUAGAUUUUGUUAGAAAGGGUGUUCGCGCCAUUGGACGAUGUGCUAUCAAGUUAGAGAGAGCGGCUGAACGUUGCAUUAGUGUUCUUCUAGAACUCAUCAAAAUUAAAGUAAAUUAUGUAGUUCAAGAAGCGAUUAUAGUCAUUAAAGAUAUUUUUAGAAGAUAUCCCAACACUUAUGAAUCUAUCAUUGCUACACUUUGUGAGAGUUUGGAUACUUUAGAUGAGCCAGAGGCAAAGGCGUCAAUGAUUUGGAUAAUUGGUGAAUAUGCUGAGAGAAUCGAUAAUGCUGAUGAACUUCUUGAAAGCUUCCUGGAGAGUUUCCCUGAAGAACCUGCACAAGUCCAGUUGCAAUUAUUAACAGCAACAGUCAAACUCUUUCUUAAGAAGCCAACUGAAGGACCCCAACAAAUGAUUCAAGUUGUUUUAAAUAAUGCAACUUUGGAGACUGACAAUCCAGAUCUGCGAGAUCGGGCCUACAUAUAUUGGCGUCUUCUUUCAACAGAUCCCGAGGCUGCAAAAGAUGUUGUUUUAGCUGAGAAACCAGUGAUUAGUGACGAUUCAAAUCAAUUCGACUCAUCUCUCCUCUCUGAACUUCUGGCUAACAUUGCUACAUUGUCAUCUGUUUAUCACAAACCGCCUGAAACAUUUGUAACUCGUGUGAGAACCAUUCCAAAAACAGAAGAAGAAGAGUUACCAGAGGGCUUUUCCAAUACACCACGUGCACAUAUUCUUAAUGGUGCACCAUCACCUACUACCAUACCUGUUUCUCCUUAUGCUUUAACAAAGCAAACAUCUCUUCCACCUGCUUCCAUUCCAGAUUUACUCGAUCUAGGUCUUGAUGUUGAUGUUGGUAACAGUAAUGCUAUGGUGCCUGUUGAUUCGCCUUCAGCACCUACAGGGCCGUCGCUACCGAUUUUGUUACCGGCUGCAAACGGUCAAGGUUUGCAGAUUAGUGCACAGCUGGUGAGGAGAGAUGGAAAGGUUUUUUACAACUUAAUUUUGGAGAACAACACACAAAAUUCACUCGAUGGAUUUAUGAUCCAGUUCAACAAAAAUACCUUCGGUCUUGCUGCCGGUGGACCACUUCAGAUACCGGAACUGCUACCGGGAACGACCAGAAAAGCCCUUCUUCCGAUGGUUAUGUUUCAAAAUAUGGCGCCGGGUUCUCCGAACUCGCUUUUACAGGUUGCAGUGAAGAACAAUCAACAGCCUGUAUGGUACUUCAAUGAUCGAAUCUCGUUGUUUGUAUUGUUCACGGAAGAUGGAAAAAUGGAACGCGACAUCUUCCUUGAGACAUGGAGGUCAUUACCGGAUUCGAAUGAGGUCUCGAAGGAGAUUCGUGGAAUUUUGAUUAACAACGUUGAUGCAACUAUAGAGGAGUUGGCUUCCUCAAAUAUGUUUUUCAUUGCGAAGCGUAAGAAGAAAAACCAGGAGGUUUUGUAUUUAUCUGCUAAACUCCCAAGAGGAAUCCCUUUAUUGAUCGAACUCACAGCAGUUUUGGGGUCUCCCGGCGUUAAAUGUGCCCUUAAAACUCCUAGCCCUGAAAUGGCUCCGUUAUUCUUUGAAGCCCUCGAAACUCUAUUCCAGGCUUGAAGGUUUGAGCGACUUUUGUUUUGGAAACGACUGAAAAAUUAAAAUUUUGUAGUCCAUUUUUUUAAUUCGGAUUUCGAUGUUUAGUGAGCUACAACUUACAUGUAGACAGUCAGUCUUUUACACAAAAUAAAUCCUUGUUAAGCAACACAAAAAUAAUAAUAAUAAAUGGUAUAUUU